AAGUUUACUUUGCCCUUUGCGGGAGAUGAGAUUCACCCUCCGCAAACCCACCGAGAAACGAGCAGGGCCGGGGGAGGAAACUUUGUGAGCGCACUGAAAUCGUCUGUAUUGAGGAUUAUCCGCGGGUCAUGGACGGUCUGUUGUAGCGCAGUGUGUGUUUUUGGUGGAUCCCGGAGUAUUUGGGAGCUUGCAGCGGAGCGGACCUCGCAGUGCGACUGCAGGCGGCUCUGAAGGAAACCAUAUCUGGUCAAAGUAUUCGUUGCUGUCACCCAGCGGGACCGGCCGGCUAUAAAUAGCGCUGGAGGAGGUCUCUUGCAUUCCCAGGAGCGCUAAGGCCACUUGCCUGCCUUUGCUGUUAUUUUACCCCUGAGCUGGGGGUCACUGAGAUAAACUUCCGUCUUCAACCAAAGACUCCGCAGGCUCCUGAUUGCCUACAUUUGUCUUUGUCAUUUGGAGGGGUCAUUGAGGCGAGUUGUCCAUAAUGUCGAGGAAGGAGAUGGAGAAGUACAGGGACAUAGACGAGGACGAGCUCCUGAAGAAACUCUCGGAUGAAGAGCUGCGGCGGUUAGAGGAUGAAUUAGACGAGCUGGAUCCCGAUAACGCAUUGUUGCCUGCUGGGAUGCGGCAGAAGGAUCAGACUAAGAAAGCACCAACAGGAACGUUCCAGAGAGACAACCUCCUGGCCCAUCUAGAGAAACAGGCCAAAGAGCAUCCUGACAAAGAAGACCUGGUGCCCUUCACUGGGGAAAAGAGAGGAAAAGCUUUUGUGCCUAAAAAGAGUGUGGACCCCACCAUAGAGAGUGUGACUCUGGAGCCGGAGCUAGAGGAAGCCCUGUCCAGUGCUACUGAUGCUGAACUCUGUGACAUUGCAGCCAUCCUGGGCAUGCACACCCUGAUGAGUAACCAGCAGUAUUAUGAAGCCCUGGCCAGCAGCACCAUAGUCAACAAGCAAGGCCUCAACAGUGUGAUCCAGUGCACCCAGUAUAAGCAGGUCCCCGAUGAGGCGCCAAACGCCACUGAUGUAGAGGACACUCUGAUGAGAGUGAAGAGGAAUGAUCCUGAUCUGGUGGAAGUUAACCUCAAUAACAUCAAGAAUAUCCCCAUCCAAACUCUGAAGGGAUACGCUGAGGCUCUGAUGAAGAACACGGUGGUGGAAAGGUUCAGUAUCGUAGGAACCAGGAGCAACGACCCCGUAGCAUUUGCCCUGGCGGAGAUGUUGAAGGUGAACACGACGCUGAAGAGUCUGAAUAUCGAGUCCAACUUCAUAACAGGGUCCGGAGUCCUGGCCCUCAUAGAGUCCCUGCAGAGGAACAGCACACUACAGGAGCUCAAGAUAGACAAUCAGAGCCAGCCGUUUGGCAACAAGGUGGAGAUGGAGAUAGCCAGCAUGCUGGAGAAAAACACCACAUUGUUAAAGUUUGGAUACCACUUCACCCAGCAGGGCCCGCGCCUCCGAGGCUCCAACGCCAUGAUGAACAACAAUGACCUGGCCCGAGUCGUCAGGUCUGAGUCAGACGGCUCCUUCACCCUCACUCUAUCUGUGCCGGAGCUGGAGAGGGCCUUCGCGAAAAAGUUCAAGCCCAAGACUAAUAAGAAAGAGAAGGCUUGAAGGAGGACCCAUCUUCCCUAAGUGUCGGACAAAUGUGUAGAAACCAGGGCUACCUUCAACUCCACGUUCACCCUCAACUCCUACCAUCCCGGACGCCCCUUUAAGAAAACCAUCCACCACAUCAGGUUCACAUCAGGUUCAGUUGUGGUUCAGAGGUGAUCUUUGAACUUUUAACCACAGACUCAUGUUCAGUAUAUAUUAAAGGAUUCAAAUGGAUUCAUCUGCAGCAGCCUUCAGAUUGUUUUGUUGCCUUAAGUUUUCAUCUUGACAUGGAUUCUGUGCUUGGACAACAAUAACUGUCACUCUUUGUAAAAACUAACUUCUGUCAUUUUGAAUCCUUUAAUAUUUCAUCAAGUGCAUCAACUCCUUAUUGGUCCUGGUUUGAACCUGGACCAGCUUGAAUGGUGAUGGAAAUCUGUGAGCAAUCCCUGUUUCUACUGAGCUAAAUGAAUUCUAAUUAUUUCUAUAAUUACUGUGCUGUAUAUGAGUUGUGCUCAUUACUGUCGUUCCCAGAAGUUCUGUUGUUGCUCCACAUCCACAUAUACACAAGGCAUGCCGUGCCACGGUUCCAUUUGAUUUUGAUAAAAUAGAUAGUAUACUAUAGAGUACUACAAUCUAUGGUUUUGACUAAUUUGUCAAAAUCUGAUGUUUGGUCCCUUUUUUCAGUUGAAGCAGACUAUUUCAAUGACGGACAGUAAGCUAUACAGAUUCUUCAGUAAUUAACAGAUUUAUAAACCUGGCUACUGUGAGAUUUGUCACUAUAUACAGUAUGUAUUUAUUUGAGUCGGACCUGGGAAAGAGUCAGAAGGCAUUCAAGUAACUUCAGUUGACUGUUUAAUAUGUAAAAAUGUUUCUGCAAAAAACAAAAACAAAACAAAAAAAAUCCUGUGUUCCAAUGACACUGUUUCACUAUUUAGCAUUUGCAAUAAAAUAUGAUGGCACUAUAUUAUAUCGUACAAACACUGGACUGUUAACUAGAAAUCAUUUUCUAGAGUCACCGUUUAAUUGAGACUUCCAUAAUAAAUCAAGCAACUUGCGAGUAUUUGAAUGGAUCUUUAAUACACUCUCAGCCAGGUCUCGUUUGUUGAUUUUGUUUGUUUAUUUGUAUUUACUGGAGCUUAAUUGUGUGCUAAUAUGAAAUGGUUGUUACUAUGUAUCGCCUUAUUCUUUAUUACAGGUUUCAAGUUAAUGCCUCAAUCCGGGUUAGGAGUAUUUCAGUAAUGGAUGUUAGAUUUGGGGUAAAAAAAAAAAAGGAAGCCAUAUACAGAUUAUUUAUUUAAAGUCCCCAUGAGAUCAAAUGUAAUGUUUGGGUGAUUUUAUACGACUAGUGUUGCACUAUAUGUCACUAUCCACACCAAUGUCGCACCCGUUAACAACAGGGACAAACUAAAAGGCCUUAAUGAUGUUUUAUAGUUCAAUUAUCUUGAAAAAUACUAUUUUUUAAAAAACAAAAAAUAUUGAUGACUCAUCCUGCACUAGGGGGCGUGUACUAAUGGUGUAUUUAAGAGAACACUUUCUCUUAAUUUUCAUGUCCCUCUCAUCAGCUGCACUUUUGACUCCUUCUUCAGGCUCAUGUAUGGUCAGUGUCUGCUCGGGUCAUUGGAGUUGGCCAAGCAGAAGGCUUUUGGGAGGGUAGGCUGCCUCACUUGCACUACAGGAAAUGGUUAAACAUGCUGAAAUGGUUAGCAUUCAUUUCAUGGGGACUUUAAACAAAGAAAUGUACACAUACUACUUAGAUGUUCAGGAUGCUUUUUAAAUGUGUUUAUGCAUGACAGGUCUUAAGGGAACCACUGAACACCUGAAACCUAGUACUCCACUUUGGUCCUGGAUUAAUCCUUUCAGAGCUCAUUAUGGAAAUGUUUUUCUCAUCAAGGGUAAAACACUGCGUCUCAGUUGGCAACACCAACGUCCAGCUGUAUGCUGGAUAAAUGCUGCUGUAUAUUCAGUAACACUUGAUAGGAUUUCUUUUAACUUUCAAGUAAGCAGCACAACGAGUAAAUUGAAGCUUUAGCUUUUACUUCCAGUAAAAUCGCAGAAAAGGGUCUGUUUUUAUUGACAUUAAAUUAAAAGCCCCUGCAUUAUAUUUUUUACGAAACCUCCAUGUUUUCUUGAUGUGAACAACUGUACCAAACGCUGACAUUCUGAAUAUACUCACACAUACACACACACACAAAAGGUCUGACAGCAGGGUUACGGGCGAAAUGACAAUUAAAUUUCAUUUUAUUACAUUUCAUAUCACUGCUUUGUCUCAUCGGUGAUGUGGAUGUUCAACAAAUGGAUGUAAACAUUUGUAAAUGAGAGCUAAGGGUAUAAGAGGACUCCUCCCACUCACUGUCUUUGUGUGUCCUGCGCUUUUCUUCUUUUGUCUAGUGUUUUCUGGUUUUGUAGUGCUUGACUCGGUUUUGUUAGAUAGCUCACUUCAGUUUUUGUUUUGUUUUGUUUUGUUGAAUUAUGAAUUAAAUAAAGUUUGAAAAAGA